UAUAUAGUGCACAACUUUUGACCAGAGGCAUAUGGGUCCUGUUCAAAAGUAGUGGAGUAAGUUGGUGAUAGCGUGCCAUUUUGGGACGUAUCCAUUGCGUGAUAUUGUUUGCUAAGGGAAGUAAUGGCAUGGUCAAUUGGCUGUGGAUUUGAGUCUUUACUGGCUGUGGAUUGGGUCCUGGUGUACAGGAUAACUGUAUAUAAGGCCUUGGUUCUCCUACUCUAACUUCGCUCCCUGAAUCCAAGAAGAACUAGAAGCACCCAUGAUGAAGUGGGCUAUCGUCCUGUGUGCCAUAGUGUCCCUCUCCGAGUGUCAUACCAGGAUUUCUCUGAUCAAGGGGAAGACUGCCAGAGAGACCCUGAUGGAGAAAGGUAUAUGGGAGGAGACUAGGCAGAAGUACCCCUACAACCCUAUGGCGAAGUUCAUCCAGACUGGUGCAGAUGAGGCAAUGACCAACGAUGCUGAUUUGUCCUACUAUGGAGUGAUUUCCAUUGGAACACCUCCCCAGUCCUUCAAGGUCAUCUUUGACACUGGCUCCUCCAACCUGUGGGUCCCCUCUGUCUACUGCUCCAGUCAGGCCUGCCAGAACCAUGACAAAUUCAAUCCUGGAUUGUCCAGCACCUUCAAGUUGGGUAGCAAGACUGUUUCCAUUCAGUAUGGAUCUGGCAGCAUGACUGGAAAGCUGGCAUACGACACUAUUUCGGUGGGAGGUAUCUCUGUCACCCAGCAGAUCUUUGGUGCCAGUGAGACCGAGUCUCCCUUCAUGUCCUACAUGGUUGCCGACGGUAUCCUGGGCCUGGCUUUCCCCAACCUGGCGGCCUCUGGAGCCACACCCAUCUUUGACAGCAUGAUGACCCAGGGUCUCCUGUCCCAGUCCCUCUUCUCUGUCUACCUGAGCAGAAACUCCGCAGAGGGUAGCGUGGUGUCCUUCGGUGUCAUCGAGCCUUCCUACUACACUGGACAGAUCACCUGGAUCCCCCUGUCCGUUAUGACCUUCUGGCAGAUCACCAUGGACAGUGUUACCAUCAACGGCAACACCGUGGCUUGCAAUGGUGGUUGUCAGGCGAUCAUGGAUACUGGCACCUCCAUGAUCGUCGGUCCAACCGAUGACAUCAAAAACAUGAACUACUGGGCCGGAGCCACCAUCAACCAGUACGGAUAUACUACCGUGAACUGCAAGAACAUCCCCAACAUGCCCGAGGUGACCUUCACCCUCAACGGAAACACCUUCACCAUCCCUGCCUCUGCCUAUACCAUCCAGGACUCCUACGGCUGCAGGACUGGUUUUAGUAACGGUGGAUAUCAGCAGCUUUGGAUUCUUGGAGAUGUCUUCAUCAGGCAGUACUAUACAAUCUUCGACAGGGACAACAACAGGGUUGGUCUGGCUAAUGCUGUGUAAGAGAUCCACUUCUCCCAGAGAUCUUAAAAGAUCCUUGAAAUCCUGACAGCGGGAAAAUCUGCGUCAUAAGUGCAAUAGUGCGAUUGAGCCGACAUAUGCAGCGUAUACCAUGAAUGAAGUCUGGCAAAUGCGGGAACAUCACCUUUUAAAUUUAUAGCGUGGUUUUCCACAGUCUGGAUUGAAUCGAGAACCUAGUUUUCCAGGUAAUGACUAAUAUGUUGUAUAUGUGAUUUAUGCUCUUAACUGGUUGGGGAAAUGUUGCAGAUUGUUAAAUGUAAUCCAAGUUCUAAUGUAUUUUAGCAUUGCAAAUAAAGCCGUUGUUUCGUUGUCA